AAUUUCUGUCAUGUGAGAUAUUUUUUUUCUUUCGCCCAUCGUUGACUACUAAGCACGUCAAAUCACCAGCUAGCAGCUACUUUUUAGUAGUGGACGAGAGCAGCCGACGAACGGAGUUGCAACAACAGCAGCAGUUAGUGAACUUCAUUUUUCUCCGUUGAACAGUUUCCGCAAACCCCGCUGGCAAAAUGGCCCUGAGCGACGCAGAUGUCCAGAAGCAGAUCAAGCACAUGAUGGCCUUCAUCGAGCAGGAGGCCAACGAGAAGGCGGAAGAAAUCGACGCCAAAGCCGAGGAAGAAUUCAACAUAGAAAAGGGUCGUCUGGUGCAACAGCAGCGCCUGAAGAUCAUGGAGUACUAUGAGAAGAAGGAAAAACAGGUCGAACUACAGAAGAAGAUCCAGUCUUCGAAUAUGCUGAAUCAGGCUCGUCUGAAGGUACUGAAGGUACGCGAAGAUCAUGUCGCCAGCGUGCUUGAAGAAUGCAGACGUCGGUUGGGAGAGGUCACCCGUGAUCCGGCCCGUUACGGUGAAGUUCUCUCCGCUCUCAUCACUCAGGGAUUGCUUCAGUUAAUGGAGCACAACGUGUUCGUUCGUGGCCGACAGGUUGAUGCUCAGCUAAUUCAGAAUAUUCUGCCGUCGGCUGUCGAGGCCUACAAGAAAACGUCCGGCAAGGAUGUAGUCGUGAUUCUCGACACCGAUACGUAUCUGCCAGCGGAUACCACCGGUGGAAUCGAUCUGAUCACUCAAACAGGACGUAUUAAGAUCUCCAACACCCUGGAGUCCCGGCUUGAGCUUAUCGCCCAGCAGCUGAUACCUGCGAUUCGUAACGCAUUGUUCGGCCGCAACAUCAACCGCAAGUUCACCGACUAAACAGUAGCUGCCAGUGUCGCUUCACCACACACCAACAGUUUUCUUUAUUUUCGUCAUUUUACCCUACAAAGAGACAACAUCUGGUUAGCAUAGGUAGUAUAAUACAGUUACAAAAAGAAACGCAGGAAAAACAAUGCAGAGUAGGGAAGCCAAGCCACCAUGGUCAAAUGUCUUCAAGCAGCAUGGAUAUCAGCUGCUGUGCUUGCUUCUGCGAGAUGUUUGAGGUCAGUUCCACCAUCAGAUUCUAAGUUUACGCUAUAUCUACUACACAAACACACAGCAAAAGUCGUAGAGGUAAAAAAAACACCGAAAAGAACCUAAUCACAAGUUGAUCAAUGUUUAGCCCAAAAUAACCGCGCAUUCUACUCAAAACCGUUUACUGUUGUUUUUGCGCCCCCGAAACGUCAUCUUUUACGGGGGUUCUUUUAUGCCAUUCAGUGGUCACCUUUUGGUUGAAGGUUCACUUUGAUGUUUGAUAUAAAAAAGAACUAUUAGUUUUCUAUCUAUCAUAAUCGAUGUUUUCGUGCUACUUGUUUUUUUUUUGUUUUGGUAUUUCAUUUAAUAGAUUGUAUAGAGUUUGUUAUACUUUUAGUACGUUAAGACAUAAAUCAUCGUUAUUUAGUAAACCGCAAGCGUUAAAGAUUGUCCAUUAUACACCUCAUGCCCGCAUUAAAAUCGCGUAGUUAUUUUUCACAAGAACGGUAAAUUUAACUAAAAAUACAUUCCUUUGUCAGCAUCCAAUAGUUCUAUCAAGACUUUUAAAGGUUGCCAGGAAGAUGAACUUGAACAAAUUUUAUUUACUACCGGCUGAAAAACUAUCACAUUUCUCGGUUUGAUCGCACCUGAAAGCCUCUGAUUCAUAUCUGGAGCAAAAUGUUAUUGAAUUUAACCAAUGUCAUUUCGGUAGAACUCCGACGGGAUGGAGAGAAUGAUUUUUGAGACACUCUGUCACAGCAUCUUGCUUUGCUUUCACCAAAUUUCUUCAGUAUGAGUCAUUUGCUGAACGUCAAAGCAACGACGUGUGUCUCAACAAUCGCGAUUACAAUCCCUUGAAAGGAAAAAAAUACUUUAAUGUGUGUGAAUGUCGUUUACAGUACCACUCUUGUAUUGGUGUGUGAAGAACAAAGAAAUAUUUUCAGUACAUGCUACCAACGUCACGUCACCUGUUGGCCAGAGAACGAAUCAAAGAGGACGAAAGGCACAAAACAGGCAGUCAAACAAAUUUAUUUUACUCUUGUUUAAUCGUUAUUAUCACUGUUUGCUUCCUUUGAAACUUUGGUUGAAUUUUCCUUCAACACAAACUUGAACAUAAAAUAACUAGACUUAAACUAUGGUAAUGCUAGAAACAAAAUAUAUAUAAAAAUAAUGUGUAAUUUAUAUAUAGGUAUUGUUGUAAUCAUUAUGGAAAUAAUAGUUAAUCCUUAAAUUUAAAGAAAUAUAUUGAUCAAUAAUACAUCAUUAGUAACGAUAUAGCUUACCAACAACAAAGCUAUAGUUUGGGAGACGCUUUCCGUGGAAUCAAUUAUAUAUCUAUAAUAAAAUAGUCUUAAACACAUUUCCACAAUCACGUAUUGGUUGAACUGAUUAGUCUCGGUUUUAGACAACAAAUUAAAUUAUGCCAACAGAAGAUUUCCGACCCUCUUGAACUAUGUAGAUGAGUACAUAUUAAAGUUGACAAGAAAAAAUAACACAAUUCAUAGAAAAGGUAAAAUAUAUGGAACAACCAACGAGCAGAUGGUGCAUUGAAUUGAAAUCACCCACUAACAGUACAAUGUGAACCAACCAGCACAUAAACACACAAAAUUAAUAAAAUACCAAUAACACAUAUUCAAUGGAGCUACUAUGUAUGGAUAAUGAGAACCAGCUGUGUAAAUCUAUGGAGCAGGACAAAAAUUAACAAAAAUACAGAAAAACAGUGGUAUGGGAUGAAGAGCAAA